AGUAUUUGCAUUAUUUUAAAGGUAGUUUAGCUGAUUGAAUUCGAGUACUGACCUUGUUGGGGCUGAAGAGGUCAUGUCGAUUGUCGAUGCCGACUGAAGUUCGAUAUCUAGCCGAAGGAUUACAAGUUAUAACUUUAUAACAGGAUUUUAAGGAUGUAGAUUGUAGAGUAAACAAUUGAUCGUUUAGGUUGGUUAGCGUUUGAAUGACCGGUUUCAAUGUCUUUGUGAUAGUGGACUUUUUCAUAUUUCCUUUGUAAAUGUUUUGGUUUUGAACGUUGUCGCAUAUUCGAGAAGAUGAAAAAAGUGUUGAUGGUUGCGGAAAAGCCGUCGCUGGCGGAUUCGAUCGCGAACAUCCUCAGCCACGGGAAGAGCUGCCCGAGGAAGAGCAACUUCAACGGCACCAAAGUCCACGAAUGGACUGGGACUUUCAGGAACGAGACUGUCGUCUUUCACAUGACCUCCGUCGCCGGGCACGUUAUGACAUUAGACUUCACCGGCAAGUACAACAAUUGGGACAGGGUGGAACCUGUGGAGCUGUUCUCCUGCACGACGGAAAAGAAGGAGGCGAUGGCUAAGUUGAAAAUCCCAGCUUUCCUCGCUCACGAGGCGAAAGGUUGCGACCAUUUGGUUCUCUGGUUGGACUGCGACAAAGAAGGUGAAAAUAUCUGCUUCGAAGUGAUCCACGCAGUAGAGAAGUCGCUCAAGAGGCCGUACACGGCUCACAAUGAUGUCGUAUUCAGAGCACAUUUCUCAGCCAUUACGGAGAAGGAGCUGUUCAACGCUAUGGCCAAUCUGGGAAAGCCGAAUGAAAACGAGGCGAAAUCUGUGGAUGCGAGGCAAGAACUCGACCUGCGGAUCGGCUGUGCUUUCACACGUUUCCAGACAAAGUUUUUUCAAGGAAAGUAUGCAGAUCUGGACUCUUCAUUCAUAUCUUAUGGUCCUUGCCAGACGCCGACUUUGGGUUUUUGUGUCAGGCGCCAUGAUGAAAUACAGACCUUCAAACCAGAGCCCUACUGGGUUUUAGAAGCUAAGAUUCAGACAAGCGAUGGUCGAGAAGUCAAUCUCAGCUGGGAGAGGGUGAGAUGUUUUGAAAAAGAAAUAGCGCAGAUGUUCCUUUAUGGAGUCAAAGAAUUCCCAACAGGCGUUGUAAUUAGUGUAGUGAGCAAUACCCAUUUCAAAGGCAGGCCUCAAGCGCUAAAUACAUUCGAGCUCAUGAAAGUCGGCAGUUCCAGACUUGGAAUGGGGCCACACUACGUCAUGCAGAUUGCAGAGAAGUUAUAUAUCGAAGGGUAUAUAAGUUAUCCCAGAACUGAAACUACGCAUUACCCUGAGAGUUUUGACCUUCACGGUACACUGAGCCAACUUCAGAAUUCUGCCGAUUGGGGAAUGGAAAUCAAACAACUGAUGAAAGAGGGAAUAAACAAACCGAAGAAAGGACAUGACGCUGGCGAUCACCCUCCUAUCACUCCCAUGAAACUCGCUCAAAAAAAAGAUCUUGAUAACGAUUGCUGGAAAAUAUACGACUUCAUCGCACGACACUUCAUUGCAACUGUUUCCAAAGAUUGUGAAUACAUAACGACUACUGUUAAAAUAAGUAUUGGGACUGAGGUCUUUUUCACUAGUGGGAAAACUCUCGUUUCACCGGGUUAUACCACUGUCAUGUUCUGGCAGGCAUUGUCUAAAAAUGAAAUCGCACCUGAGUUUCAGAAAGGCGAAGAGGUGACCGUGCUGGAUGUUAAAAUGGUCGAUUGUCAAACAUGCCCUCCAGACUAUUUGACAGAAUCGGAACUGAUCUCGUUAAUGGAGAAGCAUGGGAUUGGCACAGAUGCCUCAAUUCCAGUUCACAUAAAUAACAUUGGUUUAAGGAAUUUUGUUAGAGUCGAACAAGGAAGAAGAUUGAUUCCUACGACUCUUGGGAUUGUUCUGGUGCAUGGUUAUCAAAAAAUUGACCCAGAGCUUGUUCUUCCUACAAUGCGAUCUGCAGUUGAAAAGCAGUUAAAUUUGAUCGCACAAGGCCUUGCAGAUUACCAUUCGGUCUUGCUUCAUACUGUAAACAUUUUUAAAAUGAAAUUUGUCUACUUUGUUAAAAAUAUCGAAGGAAUGGAUCAGUUGUUUGAAGUAAGAUUUUCUACAUUGGCAAAUGCUGGAAAACCGCACUCGAGAUGUGGAAAGUGUCGGAGAUUUUUAAAAUAUAUUCAGGCCAAACCUUCUAGGCUAUAUUGCCCCCACUGCGAUGAGACGUACAAUUUACCGCAGAAUGGUAUGAUAAGGACUUAUAAAGAAUUGAAGUGCCCUCUUGACGAUUUUGAACUUGUUUAUUGGUUAAUGGGCUCAAAGGGUAAAAGUUUUCCUCUGUGUCCUUACUGUUACAACAAUCCACCAUUUGAAGACAUGAAAAAAGGCUCAGGAUGCAAUUCUUGCCAGCACCCGUCUUGUGUCCAUUCUCUCCUUAAUAAUGGGAUCUCGUCUUGCCAAGAAUGUGACGGCACUUUGGUGCUCGAUCCAUCAUCAGCUCCAAAGUGGAAAAUGGGCUGCAACAAAUGUGAUGUUAUAUAUUAUCUGUUUGAAGAUGCCACAAAAGUCUCUGUAGGGAAAGACGUAUGCAGCUGUGGGGCACAGACCGUUUCGAUCGAGUACAAAAAAGAGAAGACAAAACUGCCGAACAAGGCGACUGAGCUGACCGGUUGUAUUUUCUGCUGCACAGAAUUAUCUUCUCUCGUUGAGAAGCAAUGGGCCGUUGCGUGUCGACCAGCUAUUUCCAAGCCUAGAGGGCGAGGUAGAGGGAAGGCCAAAGGGAAACCAAGACAGCCAAAAGAUAAAAUGGCUCAUCUUGAUUUGUAUUUCGUCUAAUGAUCUUUUUCUCUUUUAAGAAAAGAAAGCUAGUCACAAUAUUGUUUUGGGUUUGUUUUCUAUAUGCAAAUUGUUUGUUGUAGUU